AAAAAAAAACUAUCGUUAAGAGCCAAACAACCGCACAACGCGGUGUAGAGCGCAAUUAUGCCUUAUCGGACCGCGCCGGUAGAUAUAAGUACGAGAUAGCUUCCACUCCGCGCGAAAAGAAGAAAUCCCAACACAACGAAAUAGUCUGUUGAUUAGCAAGUGACAGAAGAAUUUUAUCUUCCGCAACGUAACUGAACCCGUAAACGACGGACUGAUACCGUUUAUCGGUAAUAUUAUUCCUGACCCCAUUGUUGACAAAUUUUUGAACAAGUAAAGUGCAGGUUGCAGUUAGUAUUCUACGCGCCAUGAACCUUUCGGACGUUGUGCUGGAAACACCGUUAAUCAUGGAGAAAUCCGCUUUCACAUCGACGGCAAUACUGUUCCUCCGGCGAGAUAAUAGUCGAGAAGAAUGCAGCCUUACGGUGCGCACCACCGACGACUGUUUUCAACCGAACUACGAUCGCAUCAAGCUUAAGCGCCUGUCAUACCCAAAUUUAUUUCUUUGCGUUAUUUGCCGCUGCGAUAUCAAGUACAAUAGCCAGAAAAGGGUUCUCAAGUGUGAGCACGCAUUCCACAUCAAGUGUAUCAAACAGUGGAUUUUGAUGCAAAACGUGUGUCCGAUAUGUAUGACUACCCCAGGGUAAAUGAUUCGAAACGUGGUAAUAAAAAGCAUAAUCGCUGACCGUUGGAGCUGUUCGAAAAUUCUACUUCGACGCACACAACAGGA